AGAAGAAAGAGAGGCAGUGUUAAACCAUCAGAGCCUCCAGCAUGAAAGUUGGUCACACUUUCAUGUGCUUCUUCUUCCUCACACUGCGGGAUGGAAACACUGGUCUCAUCAAUGCAGAAAUCCCCGUCCAUACAGGAACUGAAGGAGGAAACAUCACAGUUGAAUGCUCCUUCUUUCUCUCUGGAAGCAGGAAGAUCUUCUGUAAGGAAGAAUGUGAAGGAAAAGACAUUCUCGUUGAAACAACUGGUGACAGAGCUCAGAGUGGCAGAUACAGCAUUGAAUAUAAAGGAGCUGCAUUUUCUUCUAAGCAUAUGUUUGUGAGCAUCACAAAGCUGACUAAGUCAGAUUCAGGACGGUACAGAUGCAGUUUGGACAGAUUUUUAAUUCCAGAUUCAUCCGAGGAGUUUGAGAUCAGAGUCACAGAUGCUCCGAUCACUUCUAAACCAAACUGGACUCUCCGACCUUUUUCAACAUCAGUCCCGUCAGCCUCCACACUGAAGACAACACAGAGUUUACGCUCCAGUUCAGGAAGCUCCACACCUUCAUCAGCCUCCACACUGAAGACAACACAGCCACCAGCUGCAGCCACAGGUGUGCUGACCUAUUUGGGUCUGAUUCUUGGCGUCAUGAUCGUCGUAUUUUUAGCGGCUGUGCUGAUAUUCUGCAGGAAGAGGGCCAGUAAACCCAAAGCCACAGCUGUGCAGCUGUAUGUGCGUCUGAUUCUGGUCGUCAUGAUCAUCGUAUCAUCAGCAGCUGUGCUGAUAUUCUGCAGGAAGAGGGCCAGUAAACCCAAAGAACCUCCUGCAGAAUCUGAGUAUGCUACCGUCACAAAGCUGAACAGAGUGUCUGAGGAGAUCAGAGAGGAGGACAGACAGAGCAGAGCUCCUCCUGUAGAAAUAUCUACACCUUACACUUACGCCAAAUACACCAAACCAAAUGGAGUUGAACCCACAGACGACUACAGCUUAGCCACUGCAGCAAGUUCUCAGAAGAAAACUGAAGACGACUCGAGUAACCUCACCUACUCUCAGGUGGAUUUUUCCAACCGUACAGCUGCCUCGCUCCACAGCGCCCCCUGUGGUGAUGCAGAUAACACCGUCUACUCUGUGCCUCGGGUAGAAGCGAGCUCGGACGGCAGCCACGCCGAAGACGCUUCACCUCCUCUGUACUCUACUGUUACUUUACAUCAGCUGUAGCUUCAUUUACUCUCUCAGGAGCCAACAGGUGAACACAAAGUGGUCUGAAUGAGUAACAUUCACACAAAAAUCAGUUUUUUCCUGUGAAAACCUGUGAGAAGUUACGUCUCUCUCAUUCAUAACUGUGCUGUCACAAUGUUAGCUUCAAGUUAGCGCUACUUUUAUUACUUCUUCUUUAACUUAAGAUUAUCUUAAAUAUUUUGGUUAUUGAUAUGAAAGUAUUAUUAAAGUUAUUUUGGUUAAGGCAAAUCAUUUGUAAGUUAUAAGUUACUGUAAAGUACUUGGGUUUUAAUUUGGGGUUUUUCACAGACUUCACUGUCAACAGUUUUCAUUGAGAACUAUUUCCUACCUAGACUACUUGGUCCUCAUCAAUCAUCAUGUUAGUACUGAGACUGGGAAACUGGCUCUUAAAUACUAUGCUCCACACAAGUGGAACAAUAUGCAGGUUUUAAUCAAUUGAAAUCGCCUUUGACUGACUUAGAGCAGUGUAAAUGCAUGUGCUUUCUUUGAAUUGAUGUUUGCCCUCAUGUUGAUGUCCUUGGCCUGCUGGUUGUAUAAUUUGUUGAUGUAUACUGUAACUUUCAUGUGCUUUUAUUGUUAUAUUUCUGUUAUCAGGGCGUUCUUGUAAAAGAGGGCUUGCUCUCAAUGGCUCUCCCUAUUUAAGUAAAGGUUUUUGUUGUUGUAAUAAUAAUAAUAAUAAUAAUAAUUAAUAAUAAUAAUGAAUGACUACCAGCUGCUGUUUAAUUGUAAAUUGGCGUGAUGCAAAGGGAAGUUCGGCCCUGGGAUGUGAGCGAACAGUCUCUCUAAUCUUUGUCGGAUAUCAGGUGACGUGAAACUGACCAGUGACACAAAAACGAGACGGACUGAAAGCUGGAACAUUUC